UCAUGAUCAUCAGAGUUCGAGGUGAUCCGGAGGCAGACGAGUUCAGACGACCCCUUGGAAAGUCUUAUCGCGAGACACGAGGUGCUCUCAUUCGUCGACCCGAAGCCUUGGGAUUUGACCUUUGCACUGUUUGGAAGAUGUUGUCACUGAUGCGCUUGAAGGAGAACCCUAGUUGGUAAUAGUAGAGGGUGCGAAGUCAACGCCUGGUAUGGGCUUACGUGUUGCCCGCAGACGUUGAACAACGCGCGGUACUUUAGGUUGAGACUGAAUAUAAUCUGUUCUUUGAAAUGUUUCUAGCCACCCUGGUCGCGGCAAUAUUUCUACGGUACUCGGCAGAUACCGAGUAAUUUGGAAAUCUCCCGUCGUCUGAUGUGAGUUAACUGCGCCUAUUAGGUUUGCGCAGCAUCCGUAAGCGGCCUUGAAACGGUGGUGCGGUCGAUCUUUAACGUAUGAUUAGUGGGCUGCCGCUUGCACGGACUUAUCCGUGCUGGAUAUUCGGACUGAGCCCAGAGAAUCAUUGUAGCUCAUCAUACU